AUGACUUUGUAAAAGAUUUUUAUAUUAGUCCGAAGCAUAGAUAACGAUAGGUUAUGUUGAAUUGCUUAUCAUAUUUAAUGGCACAUAAUAUGCAAAAUUUUGAUUUUAGUUAAUUGCUUCCAUGUUAAUGGCACACAAAUUUAUACUUUUAAAAUAAUCGACCACAUUUAUUUUUCAAGUCGUCAUGUACAUAAUAAUUUGAGCUUAAUUGAUAUAGUUAAAUUACAUGCUCACCAAUACAGUUUUUCAAAAUGUAUUUGUUUUUCAACUGUACAGGCUUCAUGGCACAUCUACCUGAUGAGGUCCCCCUUUUGAGUCAUCCACAUCGGGCUGACAGUAUAUGGGAGGACCCGGACCAGUCACGCACCGUGGUGGCAUGCCGACGGGGAGAUUCCGGCCUGUGGGAUCGUCCAUUGGACCAUAGAGUCUUGCAGUGUCUACUACGCGCGGGAUUCUAUGGUGUAUAUCGUAUAGGCCAUAUCAGACUGGACCACCCACUCAUUACUGCUCUCGUCGAGAGGUGGCGCACAGAGACUCAUACAUUUCAUUUCCCGACCGGUGAGGCCACCGUCACAUUGCAGGACGUAUCUGUCCUAUACGGUCUACGGAUUGAUGGGCGAGCAGUUGCUGGACUUGACCCAUCAUUGACGACGGAGCAGUGGAUAGCGCUAUGUGCUGAGCUAUUGGGAGUAGCACCUACACCUGCAGACUUACAGGCAGGUAGAGUGAGGGUGAGGUGGCUGUCGGAGCAUUUUCAGGGCGAUUUUCCAGAUGAUGCUGCAGAUGAGUUAGUACAGCAGCAUGCGCGAGCAUAUAUUCUGUGGCUUAUUAGGGGGAGUACUUCUCCUUGAUAAGUCACAGAACCUGCUCAAGUUGAUGUAUUUGCCAC